CUCUUCAAAGUUGCCCGUCACCUAUUCAUUAAUUCGUCGGAAGUAUUUUCGACCAUGUUUAGCCUUCCUCAAGGGAAUAAUGUAGGUGUCAUGGACAGAUCUGAUGAUGAGCAUCCUUUGGUUCUGCAAGAGGUGCAGAGCACAGAUUUCGAGAAUGUUUUGAUGGCAUUGGUGAAGUCGUAUUGUAGAACGACUCCAAUCCUCAGUAAGGAUGCGUGGAUUUCUGUCUUGAAACUGGCAUCCAUGUGGGGGAUGCAUGGCGCCCGACGCUUGGCUAUCAGGGAACUCACCAAGCUGAAGAUGUCAGACGCCGACCGCGUUGUCUACGGAAAAGAAUAUGCUGUUGUGGAUUGGGUUAUAUCAGGAUAUCGGAAUUUGGGCAGACGAAGAAAUGGUAUCACCUCAGAGGAUGUCUCCAGACUU